CCCCCAGCCCUGUCCCCUGUCCCCUACACACCCUAACCCAAACUCAGCCUUUACCCCCAGCCCUGUCCCCUACACACCCUAACCCAAGCUCAGUCUUUACUCCCAGCCCUGUCCCCUACACACCCUAACCCAAACUCAGUCUUUACCCCCAGCCCUGUCCCCUGCACACCCUAACCCAAACUCAGCCUUUACCGUCAGCCCUGUCCCCUGUCCCCUACACACCCUAACCCAAACGCAGUUCCCAACAUUGACCAGCAUGUGGUAAUGAUACUCUCUUCUCAGACAGUAAAUGACCACCAGUCAGCUACAUUUCUUUCGUUAGGAGGGGAUGGAAAAGCAUUGAGACUAUUUGUCAUGGAAGCAAUUUCACUCAUUUACUCAUGUGAAUGUGUCCAAAGAGAUAAGAGAAGCUAAUAUUGAUAGUCACUGUUAAAUCUUUACAGCUCAGGAUAAUAUGACUAUAAUUAAAGACCAUCACUACCAUCUGCUGGCUGGAUCGGUCUUCUGAUUAGAAUGGAAACAGUUUUCAGAACUUCAGAGAUGAUGAACUAAAAUAUGAUGAUAGAAGACGGCACCAUGCUGCAUAAACUCUCUAAUGUUGGUCUCAAGUUAACAAGGUCACAAACCCUCUAAUGUUGGUCUCUAGUUAACAAGGUCACAAAACCUCUAAUGUUGGUCUCUAGUUAACAAGGUCACAAACCCUCUAAUGUUGGUCUCUAGUUAACAAGGUCACAAAACCUCUAAUGUUGGUCUCUAGUUAACAAGGUCACAAACCCUCUAAUGUUGGUCUCUAGUUAACAAGGUCACAAAACCUAUAAUGUUGGUCUCUAGUUAACAAGGUCACAAACCCUCUAAUGUUGGUCACUAGUUAACAAGGUCACAAACCCUCUAAUGUUGGUCACUAGUUAACAAGGUCACAAACCCCGAAACAUUUUUACAUUUUACCAGACUCUCUGUAGUGAGUAUUCAUUUUCAUACUUUUUUAGUAAUUGAAACCACAACUCUGGCAUUGCAAGCACUAUGCUCUACCAACUGAGCUACAUUCUAAAUUCUGAUUUUAACCCUAACCCACAUUGGUAACCUUAUGCCUAACAUUAAACUAAGAUCAGAAAUGUACAUUUCUGUUUUCAUGACAUUUUAUGAUAGGCCUGUAGACAAUUUAGACUUUGUGACUGGGUUUUCUAAUAACUAGAGGCUGUGGGGAAGCGUUUACUCCAAGUGCCUGAGCAAAUGGGAAAGUUGUGUCUCAGUAUAGGACUGAGGUGUAGAUUGUUCUGUAAAAACGUGUAGAUAUGCACAUAUAGUGACUAUUAGAGUGGUUAUGGAUUUAAAUCAACUAUUUUGAAUGUGAAGUGGAGGACGUGAAGACCAGUAAAGUUAAAAUGGCAGAGUCCAGAGUUCAUAAUCAGUUUAAACUCACCACUAAAAACAAUGUGAGGGCUAAUGUUGGUGAAGAGGUCACCCUCCCCUUUCACCUCUCACCUGACACCAGUGCUGUUGCCACGACGAUCAGGUGGUUUAAAGGGACAGAGUGUAUUUACCUGUAUAAGAAUGGCCAGGUGACAGAGAGGAGUGGCUAUGAGGGCAGAGUGAGUCUGAUCACCCAGGAGCUGAAGAGAGGCAACGUGUCUCUGAGGCUGAGAGACUUCAGUUGGUCAGAUAGAGGAGUCUACAUCUGUCAGGUCAUCCAUGGAGAACAGAAGGAGGAGGCUGCAGUGGGUUUAUGGAACAGAGGAGAAGCAGUACAGGUAUUGGCCUCAGGUUCACUGUAUUUACAAUGUGAGACCCAUAAGGACAAGCUGAAGAGGGAGGCAUCAGCUGGUGAGCUUGAGUUGAAGAUGUUUAAAGAGAUGAUGAAUCAACUAGAGGACAGCAACCACAGACUGGGAGAGAAGGACAAACUACUGGGAGAGAAGGACAAACUACUGGAAGAGAGAGACAAACAACUGGAAGAGAGAGACAAACAACUGGAAGAGAGAGACAAACUACUGGAAGAGAGAGACAAACUACUGGAGGGAAAAGAAAAUGAACUAAAAGAGAGGAGACAGGAAGUAGAAGAGAGGAGACAGGAAGUAGAAGAGAGGAGAAACCCAGAACUCCCCUUCAAACAUGGAGAGAUGUCAGAUACAGGUUCCAUCCUCGCAGUCAGGAGGAGAAACAGCAAGGACCUUCCUCCAUUCAUGGGAGGAGAGACCUCUGAUACAGACCCCACACUUCCACUGAGGAGGACAAACAGCAUGGAGUUUAUUCCUCCAGAUAUGGGAGGAGAGAGCAGCAGUCCAGACUCCCCAGUGUCUCCCAGUGUGUCUGAGCUGAGACUGGUGCUGCUGGGGAGGACUGGGGCUGGGAGGAGUGCAGCAGGAAACACCAUCCUGGGCAGAGAGGAGUUUGGGGCCCAGGCCAGCCCCUCUGCAGUGACCCAGAGGACUAAGAGGAGAGAGGGGGACGUGUGUGGGAGACGGCUGGUGCUGGUGGACACUCCAGACUGGUUCUGUCCUGGACUCUCUCUGAAGGAAAUGAGACAGGAUGUGGGGCUCUGUGUCCGUCUGUCUGCCCCGGGACCCCAUGCCUUCCUCCUGGUCAUACCAGUGGAGCCCUCUAAGUGGGAGGAGAGAGGGGUGCUGGAGAGAAUGGAGGAGAUGUUUGGGGAGGAUUUUUGGGGACACACUGUGAUUCUAUUCACCCAUGAUGAUGGACUGAAAGAGCAGAGCAUUGAGGAGUUUCUCCAAGCAGGAAGUCAGGACCUCCAGCAGCUUGUAGAGAAAAGUGGGAGCAGGUACCACGUCCUCAACAUUAGGGACAGGGCCCAUGGCACUCAGGUAUCAGAGCUGCUGGAUCAGGUAGAGGAGAUGGUGGCAGGAAACAGAGAGAGAUUCUACAGCAGUCAGACCUACCAAGAGGCAGAGGACCAGGUUAGAGAGAUGGAGGGGAAGAUCCAGAGAGAGAGAGGAGAGAGGAAACAGAGGGAGGAGAGAGACUUGAGAGAGAGGCUUCAGAAGGAGUUGCAGGACUCUCUGAUAAAGAUAGAGGGAGUGAUCCAGGAACAUGAGGGAGAUAUCAGAACACUCAGUGAAAGAACCAGUGAACUGGAGAGACAGGUGGAAGAAGAGAGGGAUGAGGAGAAGAAAAGAGAGCUGGAGAGGGAGCUGAAGAGGGAGUCUGAUAGGAGGGAGGAGAUGGAGAGAAAGCUGGAGAGAUUUAGAGAGAAGAGAGAGAAUGAGAGGAGGGAGAUGGAGGAGAGACACAGACAGGAGAUAGAGGAGAUGAUGGAGAACUAUGAAGGAGAGGCCAGAGUUGAAGCAGAGAGAAACCUGAUGAAGAUAGUCCUACCUGAGUUACAGAGGAAUAUCAUGAUCUCACAGACAAAGAUGGAGAGGGAGUUCAGCAGACAGAUGAAAGAGAAGAAUAUAGAGAUGGAGAGACUAAGACAGAACUUGAAAGAAGUCAGGGAAGCUCACUCAGUGUUGCAGAAGGGACUGGAACGAGAGGGGAAAGGUCAGAGGGCACUGAUAGGGUUGUUGGGCUGGGUCAGGAGAAACUCAUCAAGUUGGCUUCUCCACAAUCUGAUAUGAUUCACCAUCACCGUCUAUGAUGACGAACCAGACCAGGUCUACUGUCCACUGUACCGUGGGGGGUGACCAUGGAUCAUGGUGGUCAUGGGGAAAACAGGACAGAAUCAUGUCUGGUCCAGUCUACAGUGUCAAGAGAAGGAGGGGAGGGAGGUCUGUAAAGAUCUUGAUGAGACGUAAAACACAAUUCCAAUCCAACGUAGAUUAUUGACCUUUGCACUGCAGACCUUUAGAAUGGAGAGGGUUAUGGGGGGUCAGGAGGUCAGCGGGCGGAGUCAGAGACUGAGAACUCUAAAGAUCUGAGUGAGACUUUUACUCAGUGUUUGAGGAGGUCUACUAUUGAACAGAGAACCAUACUGUAUUUACCACACACUACUUCCUGUUCUUAUUCAAAUUGUUUCAUGUUGAAACUUUAAAUAUACACUGAGUGCACAAAACAUUAAGAACACCUUCCUAAAGGUGUUACAAUAAAAUGUAACUUUGUAAGA